UGAGGAAGGGCAAAACAACAGAAAGAAAAGGAGGGGGGAGCUUUCUUGUCUCCUCCCGGCUGCUCCCCGGAGACAGAAAUGGGAUUUUAUGUUUGCGAAGUUGCAGCCUUCCCCGUGAGCUCCAGGUGCCCGAGGACUUGGAAGGAGUGAGAGGCAGAGUUAAUGAGGUUGUUCAUCUCCAAGAACAAGCAAUACUCAGACUGAAGGGAAAUACACUAGAAAACUCCUUUUUUUAAAUUUUUUUUUUAAUUUUUCCUUGGAGAAGCCGAUUUCCCUCGGCAAGAGGGGGAAGGUGGAGAAAAUGAAGCCAAGUCUGCGAUUUUUCUUCGCCGGUUUUCUGUCGCUGAUUCUGCAGACGGGGCUUUGCUACGGGAUAAAAUGGAUAGCUCUGUCCAAGACCCCCUCGGCUCUGGCCCUGAACCAGACCCAGCACUGCAAGCAGCUGGAGGGGCUGGUGGUGUCCCAGGUGCAGCUGUGCCGCAGCAACCUGGAGCUGAUGCAGACCAUCAUCCAGGCGGCACGGGAGGUCAUCAAGACCUGCCGAAAAACCUUCUCGGACAUGCGCUGGAACUGCUCCUCCAUUGAGCUGGCUCCCAACUACCUGCUGGACCUGGAGAGAGGCACAAGGGAGUCAGCAUUUGUGUAUGCCCUUUCUGCUGCUGCCAUCAGCCACACCAUUGCCAGAGCCUGCACCACCGGGGACCUCCCUGGCUGCUCCUGCGGCCCCAUCCCAGGUGAGACACCUGGACCUGGGUAUCGAUGGGGAGGAUGUGCAGACAACCUCAACUAUGGUCUUAUCAUGGGGUCCAAAUUUUCAGAUGCUCCCAUGAAGAUGAAAAAAUCAGGAUCACAAGCCAAUAAACUGAUGCAUCUGCACAACAGUGAAGUAGGGAGACAGGUCUUGAAAGCCUCUCUUGAAAUGAAAUGUAAGUGCCAUGGAGUUUCUGGGUCAUGCUCUAUCAAGACCUGUUGGAAAGGCCUUCAAGAGCUGCGAGACAUUGCACUGGACCUCAAAAACAAGUAUUUAUCUGCCACCAAGGUCGUUCACCGGCCCAUGGGCACACGCAAAUACCUCGUGCCAAAGGAUAUUGAUGUCAGGCCAGUUAAGGAGACAGAGCUGAUUUACCUGCAGAGCUCGCCCGAUUUCUGCAUGAAGAACGAGAAAGUGGGGUCCCAUGGCACCCAGGACAGACAGUGCAACAAGACCUCCAACGGGAGCGACAGCUGCGACCUGAUGUGCUGUGGCAGAGGGUACAACCCCUACAUGGACAAAGUGGUGGAGAGGUGCCACUGCAAGUACCACUGGUGCUGCUACGUGACCUGCAAGAAGUGCGAGAGGACUGUCGAGAGAUACGUGUGCAAGUGAACCCCCUCCCCUGCCCCCCCGGAGCUGAGACAGCAGCACCAGCACCACCCAGAGGACAGAAAACAUUGCCCUGAGCAGGGGUCAUUUAUCUUGCAAAGACACAGGCUCGAGGGAAGCUGGCAGGAGGAAAAGCGAGCGAUCACACCCUUAAAAAAAAAAACAACCCAAAAAGCAACAAACCCGCAAAUGCUUCCCCCCCAUCCACAAAAUGCUCUCUGAGAAGACAAAGCCUCAUUUGGGAUGGUGUGUCCUUCAAAAAUACUUCCUGUGGUUGCCAGUGAUGUCCAGCCAUCGAGUGCCUCAGUGUUCUGAGAAACUAAAGUAGAAACUUUCCCCAGGGGAAGAAAAGCAGCUCCUGUUUGACAAUAACUGAGGCUCCCACCUGCCUGUGCCUUCCAGCACAGGGACUGAGCCUCCAUCGGGACCAUCCCACAAGGGAAAACACGACAACUUUACAGCAAUAACUUCGUUGCCAAAGACUUAAUUUUUAGCAGGGAAUCAUCCACUGGGAAUGAUAAAGGUGGAAAGGUUUCGGGUCAAUCCCCUGAAAGGAACAACUCAUUUUAUCCUUGCUUUUACACAGGUCUGAGACUUCGAGGUUGCUGCUGCAGGAAGGGCUGUCCUUGAUUUGUCCGGGCUGGAUGGGUGUUCAAAUUCAGCCAUGGAAAAAGUCCCCUGGGACUGGGAGCCCCUGGGGGCAGGGAGUGUAGGGCAGCCUGAGAAGGACUUUUUGGGGCCACUACUACGAGACAGUAGUGGGCAAAAGCGAAGUCAGAAUCCAGCAGGAAAGUAAGACCAAAAGCAAGCCCCUGCUCUCUGUUUGCCCUCUGGGUGUGGUGCCCUCGGUCACUGCCACUGCCCCACACUGGGCCAGCAAGUCCUGGGGGAAAUGUGCCACUGGCUCUUUUCCCUUGGUCCAACCCCAAGACCCCUUGGAGAGCGGGGCAGUGCUGGCUGCAGGGAGGGCAGCCCUGGAGGGCAGCAGCCAUUCCCAGCAGGAGGGAGUGGGAAUGUGCCAGCCCUUCCCGUGGCCCUGCCCUGGCACGGCAGAGAACCACUACCUGUGGCUGUAAAUAUUUCCCUUUUGUAGGCGGAUAUAUGGCAAUAUUUAUACCUCCUGCUUUCCUCUACUCUACUCCCCACGUAAACAUAUCUAUGUACUAUAAACAAGCAUUACCCAGAGGGUGAAAUAAGCACUGAAGGGCAGCAGCACAGUGUUAGAUGGUCGUGUUUCCUCCUUGGAAAGCAGCUCUGAUUUUCCUCCCAGGGAUGGGAGAAGAACAAGGCUGGAGGCACUCAAAAAGUUCCUCUAUUCCCUGCCUCCCCUGGCUCUUCAUCUGGAGCAGAAUCAGCCAAGAGACAGCCAAGAUGAUGAAACAGAGCCCUGGGAGAAGGGAAGAGUCACCAAUGUUGUUUUGCUGUUUUAUCAGUGGCCCCUCUCAUGGGGAACAUUUCCCAGUGCCCCCGAGGAGCUGGAUAACAAACAGGCCCAGCUCCUCUCCUGGGGGUUUGCUCCUGGCUCCUGCACAUGGACAGGGGGUGCUGUGCAGGGGAACUUCUGCCUUGGGUUUGGUUCCCUUCUUCCCUCUGUUUUUCCUUUGCAGUGGGCAUCCAGCUCUGUGUCCCACUGAGCAAAGGUGACCUUGGGGAAGGAUGUGCUGCCCCAGGAGCCUGUGGUGUCCUUCACACCAUUCCCCAUGCAAAACGCUGUAAGCAGCCAAAAAAUCCCUCCUGCAAGAAUGUGGGGGGACACUGGCACUUUCCUAGGGGGAAAUAUGGCAAUAACACCACAGCCUUUCUCCAAAUCCUCUUUUUUCCCCUACUCAGCCAUUCCCUAGGGGCCAACUGCCCCUGGCACGUCUGUGAGCAGCCCUGGGGAGCUGGAGGAGAAAAGCAGCAAGGGCUGUGAGAGCAAAAUUCGAGAGAUCCUGUUCUCCUCAGCCCCUUUGCUUUGCUGGGAUGGGUUUGGCCUCCUGGCCCCCUUCCCUCCCCCAGCCACGAGCAGGCAAAGAGGGGCCUUUGGUGCUUUGUCAGUGGUUUGUGUUCUUGUCACCCCAUAAAAGCUGGUGGGCUGAACGUCUCUGCAGUGCAGUGUGAUGAGUGCUGGGUGUCUCUGGGCUGACAUGCAGACAGGCUGGUGGCACAAAUCCCACUGCUCUCCAGCACCAGGGUCUGGCUUCCUUUGAUUUGUAAAGAAACUCUCGUUCUUUUGAGGAAUUUUAUUUUUGUUUCCAGAUUCUGAUGAAGCCAACAGGGCAGGGAUGUUCUGACCAAAGAAAAAUUCGAGCAUUUCAAUGCUAUUCUGUAAUGACUCUUUUUCUUGCUCCCUUGCUGAUGUCCUGAGUCUUUUCUGCUCGGUGAAAAAAUAAUAAAAAGGAAGAAAUGCUCUCUAGGUACAUUUUUUCAGCCGCAUUCCGCUCCUCCCAUGUCAGAUUUGUGAUCCUUGAGUGGCUUUCUCGUGUCAGCAGAAAGCACCUCUUGGCAGAGCAUCAGAGGGUGUGAGGAAACCUCUCAGGCACGUGCAGGUCCAGCAGGUGGGACAGGGACCUGCAGCAGACCCUCAGCCCUGGGACACCUCCUGCUUUGUGCCUGGUGCUGGAGAUGCUGAAGUGUUUGGAGGUUCCAAACCUCUGCUGUCUUUGGAUGAUCCAUCCUGGGCUUCCUCUGAAUUUUGGGAAAAGAGCCCGUGUGGCCCCAGCCCGUGGCUUAAGCUGUUGCUCUGUGAAUUCCCUCUGUUCCACCACUUUUGCCACAACUUCUGAGUUUCAGGGCCCUUUUCCUCUCUGGAGCAGCUGCACACUGCAUUUCCUUCCAAUACCAACCAGGAAUAAAGAGGGAAUGUGCACCACAGGGCCGUGCUGGUGGA